AUGAAUGAACAUUCAUGUAUUCAUUGGAUAAUGAUAUUAUGUUUUCUUUUUAUCCUUGGUUAUUAUCCAAUUCUUUCUCUAUUUCAACGAAAUUGUUUAAUAAUCGAACGUUUUUCAUCGGCAUUAUUGUUAAUUCUUUUUUUUCUUUUCUGUUUACAAUUAUCUCCAGUAUCUACUUCAUUAUAUGUUCGUUACAUCGAUCAAACUUCAAAUGUUACUCAUUUAAUUUAUUAUUCACAAUUAAAAUGGUUAUAUGUUGCAUCAAUUGGUACUAUAGCCAUAUACGAUCAAAAUUUAACACUUUUACAAACAACAUCAGUAAAACAUACAUAUACGAACGAUUUAGAUUUAUGUAUAAUAAAUCCAUGUCAAUGUUUAAAAAAAAAUAUUAGUUAUCAUUCAAUUUAUAAUAGUGAUACAAUAGGUAAAAAAUAUCGUCGUCAAACAUUACCAUCAAAAACAUCAUCUUAUUUUUCAUCAGCCAUGCAAUCAUUAUUACGACCAGAAUUAUUUAAUAUUCCACCAUUAUCACUCAUUUAUUCAUCAUUAUUAAAAAAUCGUAUUGAUAAAAAUAAUUAUAAUUUAGCAUUUUAUCUUGAAACAGAACAACAAUUAUAUUCAACACCAUAUUUAAUUGAUUGUUGGUCACUACAACAAGGUACAUGUAUUCUACGAAAUGCUUUAAAUUUAACUGAUAUCUAUUAUGAACAAAAAUUUAAUUCGGAUAAACUUGAACAACCAGAAAGAUUUUUAUUUAAUACAAAUCCAACAAUUCCAAAUCAUAUUUAUCCAUUUCGUUUAAAAUUUGAAUCAUGUACAAAUGAUACUGUUUAUUUAUUUCUAACAUCAACGUUACGAAAAAGUAUUUUAAUGACAAAUGAAGAAAUGGUUAAUAAUUCGACAAAUUUAUUCUAUCUUCAGUGUUUAGAACAAUCACAACAGCGUACAUUGGCUUUGAGAGUAUUAGUACACGAUCAGAAAAAUGAAUUAAAACAAAAAUGGGCAUCUACAGAAAUCAUGGUACCAAUUGAAACAUCAAAAACAGUAACUAUAAAUCAAACAGUAACAUCAUAUAUAAAUGUUGUUGAACAGGAUAAUAAUGAUAAAAAAAUGACAUCUUCUGGACCAUUUAUGAAUAUAAAUGAUUAUUGUCAUGAUACAUUUUCUGUUAUACGUUCAAUAUAUACCGAUUUUUUUGAACAAGAAUCUUCGGAUAAAUUUCGAUUAUUUCAAGAUGUUAUUUAUGAUAAAAAUGAUUCGGCUCUUUACGUAUUUACAAAUCAAUAUCAAAAAUCUAAACAGUCUUAUGUAAGUAAGAUAAUACGUUUAUGUGAGGGAAUGAUAUCGUUUCGUCAUUAUGUUGAAAUAACAUUGAACUGUGGAAUAAAUUAUACUCUCAUACAAAAAGUAAAAAUGAUUACAUUAAAAAAUGGUAAACAAUAUAUUUUAACAGUAGUAUCUACAGCAAAUAAUGCACAUAGUAUUGAACCAAGUCAACGUUCAGCAAUAUGCAUUUAUGAUUUGGAUAUGAUAAGAAAUGCAUUUGUUCAAAAUAUUAUCGAUUUAUCAAAAGGAAAUGUUUCAUUGGGAAUGUCUUGGCUUCAUGGAGAAUCUGUUAUUCCACAGUAUGCCACACCCUACGCUAAUCUUGCUCGUUGUUCAACAACUCGAGAUAUCAGUUAUUUAAUGAUUUAUGAGGGUCAUCAACCAAUUUCAUCUCAACCAUUGAUUACAUUUGAUUCUGAUCACUUAACAUCAAUUGAGGCAAUGGUAAUCAAUAAUUACGUUGUAGCAAUAUGUGGAACAUCUGGAGGAAAAGUGAAAAAGAUCAGCAUUCAAAUAUUAAAGAAGAAAGCAUAUCAAUUUGAAGAAUUAUUUGUUCAUUAUGGUCAACCAGUACUUCGACAUUUAGCAUUGGAUGAAGAUGGACGAUUUUUAUAUGGCGCAACAAAAACAAGAUUAUUCGUAGUUGAUUUACACGAUUGUGAUCGUCAUAAAACAUGUUUUUCUUGUUUAUCAAUUCAAAAUCCGUAUUGUGGUUGGGUAACAAUAGUGAACAGAUGUACUGUGAGGACAAAUGAUAGUAGUGAAGAACGUCGAUUUGGAUGGUUGCAAAUAAAAGAUAGUUGUCCAAAUAUUGUCCAAAUUGAUCCGGCAGCCAUAUCUAUAGCGAGAUCAAAAAAUCUAAAGCUCAAAGUUGAAAAUAUACCCGAAGAUCGUUCAGCGUUAUAUUCUUGUUCAUUUGUCAAGAAUGCCGAUGAGAUAUUUUAUAGUUCAAAUGCUACUGUUCGUGAUGAUAUGCAUAUUGAAUGUAUAUCUCCUCCAAAUCAAAAUAUUCUCGUACAUUUAGAAACGGUACUUCUGAGACUAAUGUACAAUGAUUUUCUACUCGCUGAAACAAAUGUCACUUCCUAUGAUUGUUCACAAUAUCUCAGUUUAGCUGCACAAAUUGUCUGGAUAACAUUUAUGAGUACCAAAACAGAUCCAGGAAAUAUUUGUCCACGUUACAAAACAUCACUAUCUGAUUUUUAUAUUUCAAACGGUGAAACACUUCAUAUUGGAAGUCAAAAUGUGACAGUAGAAACGAGCAGUUUACAUCCGUUACAACAAUAUUUUCAAUGUGUUUUGAAAUUGACAAAUGAUUCAACAGCGUUAGCAGUUUCAGCAUUGUUGUUAAAUGAAACAUAUUUGAUUUGUGAUUCAUUUAAAAUUUCAUACAACGAAAAUAUUGGAAAACAAAAGUAUACAUUUAAUAUUGAAUGGAAAGAAUGUCCAGAAUGCGAUUAUAAAGUACUUGAACGUGAAGGAAAUUUUACCGUGAACGUCUAUAAAUGCCGCUAUAUGUCUGAUUCUUGUGGUUCGUGUAUAUUGUUGGAAGAUUAUUAUAAUUGCAUAUGGUGUGAAAAAGACAAAUCAUGUUUGAACGCAAAAUUGUCUAAUUGUGAUCAAAAUCAAGUAGUGAGUGCUGCAAUAGGCACUUGUCCCGAUCCAAGAAUAUUAGAAAUUGUUCCUUUGUAUGGUCCAUUAAACGGGCAAACACCAAUUAAAGUCUAUGGUACAAGUUUAGGAAAGAAAAUGGAUGAUAUUCGUGCUAUAUUAAUUUAUGAAAAUCGUACAGAAUAUUCCUGUAUAAUUAAAUCUGAUUUUUAUAUCAUUUCCCAAGCAUUUUUAUGUUCACCAAUUGAACAAUUGCCAAUUGGACUAUAUAUAUUGAAAGUAAUUGUAAAAUCUGUCAUCAGUAAAGAUCGUCCAAUAUUUCGAAUUGUGCAACCGAGUAUAUCAGCAGUUUAUCCGACAUUGGGUCCACGUUCCGGCGGUACAAUAUUAUCUAUAAACGGAAAAUAUUUAACAGUAGGUAAUAAAAUACAGAUAUACGUUGGGACACAAGAAUGUAUUUUAUUAAAUGAAAAAAAUGAUAAAAAAUAUUUAUUUUCGGACGAUACUGUUUCUGUUGAAAAAUUAGAUAUUGUUGAUAAUGAAAUAAUACAAUGUCGUACAACAAAAUUAUCAACAUUAUCUCACAUUGAUGAAGUUCUAUAUCACGAACGUUCAAAAGUCUCGAAACGACAAACUUUAUGGACUGGAACAAUAUCAGUAUUUAUCGAUAAUUUUACUGAAACCUAUACAAAUUUAACAUAUUCCUACAUUGAAGAUCCAAGUAUCUAUAAUUUAAGUCGCUAUACAAGUAUAGAGAGUGGUGGAUUACCAAUUUUUGUUUAUGGAAAAAAUCUACAUUCAAUACAAUUACCGAAAAUUUUUCUACAGUACAAUAAUAAAAGUGAAGAAUACUCUGAUAAUUGUACUGUGAACAACUCUGAAGUCAUGUUAUGUUAUAGUCCUGCACUUAAUUUGUCUAUUUUUAAUCUAUUAUCAUCAUCAAUAUCUUCGACAACAAUACAGACGACUACUUCUUCGAUUGUAACACGAUUCAAUUCUGAAAGAAUGCAAAGAGAUAUUCAAUGUAUUGAAUUUAAAUUUGGUUUUAUUAUGGAUGAUGUGGAAAAAGUUCGAAAUACAUCAACAUUUUUAGAAACAUUUUUAUUAUGUCCUGAUCCUGAAAUUUAUCCAUUUUCAAAUAAUGGUAUAAGAAUUCAGUAUCAAUAUGAAUAUUUGACUAUUGAUGGAUCAAAUUUACUUGAUGGACUAAUAGCCGAAGAUUAUACAAUAACUGUAGGUAAUUGUCGAUGUAAUGUUACAUCUAUUAGUGAAAAACAAAUCGUUUGUCUACCACCUAAUCGAACAACAUUAGGAAUACGAGAACGAACGGAUUCGAGAGAUGAACAAGCAACAGUUAGAGUAAAAGUAGGCCAUCGAUUAUACACUAUUGGCAUAUUAUCCUAUCGAGAUAUUGAAAAACGUUCACCAAUUCUUUAUUACAUAGCUGCUUGUAUCUGUGGAACAAUUCUAACUAUUUUUAUUGUUAUAUCCUAUAUUCUAUUUCGUCAAACAAAUACAAAACGUGCAAAACAAUUAAAUCGUUUACAAAAUCAAAUUGAUACAUUGGAAAUGAGAGUGGCAAGAGAAUGCAAAGAAGCUUUUGCGGAAUUACAAACGGAUAUCGGAGAAAUGACAAAUGAUUUGUGUCAUUCGGGUGUACCAUUUCAUGAUUAUCGAAUAUUUUGUAUGAAAAUAUUAUUUCCAAAUGCGACAGAUGAAGAAAAAUAUAUGAUGUUACAUCAUGUAGAACUACCGGUUAAUGCAAGUAGACUUAACAACAUUCAUCAGGGUCUCCGUUUAUUAGGACAAUUAUUGUACAAUAAAACGUUUCUCUUAUUAUUGAUUCAAGCAUUAGAAGCAGAUAAAAUACGAUUUCGUUUAUUCGAUCGUUUAACAUUCGCAUCAAUAAUUAGUAUUCUACUUCAAGAUAAAUUGGAAUAUUUUACAGAAAUAUUGAAAAUAUUGUUAGCUGAUUUAAUUGAUAAACAAUUGCAACAAGAUCGUAAUAAUUCAAAAAUAUUACUAAGAAGUAAUGAAUCGGUUGCAGAAAAAAUGCUAACAAAUUGGUUUGCAUUUCUUUUAUAUCAUUAUAUACGCGAUCAUGCGGGUUCUCCAUUGUACAUUUUAUUUCAAUCUGUUAAACAACAAAUUCAUAAAGGUCCCGUUGAUUUUGUGACAAGUGAAUCAAGAUAUUCGUUGAGCGAAGAUAAACUUAUUCGUCAACAUGUUGAUUAUAACUCUUUAACAAUAUUAGUGUCUGAGCUCGAUAGUAAACCAGUACCGGUGAAAGUUCUUAGCUGUGAUACAAUAACUCAAGUGAAAGAAAAAAUAUUGGAUACAUUUUAUAAAGAAUUACGAACAGAUGCGUAUAGAAAACUGUUGACUGAUGAAGACAAAAAUUCUAUAUCGGACACAUACGGUUUUAUUCAAUUACAAACACUUUCCAGUUACAAGAUCCAUGAUGGUGCAAGAUUAUAUUUAACAUUGAAACAGACGGCUAUUAAUUCCGAUGUUUUCAAAACAUCAUUUGCAUUCCGAAAGAAGAUUGAUAUUAGUACAACUUGUUACAGUGUGAAUUGUUGCGCAAAAAAAACAUCAAUAGAAGAAGGAGAAAAUCAAACAUUAUUGAGUAAAACCGUACACAAUGGUCAGAGUACGCCCAUUAGUCGAAAAGAUAGUUCAAAUUAUCAAAAAUCCAUUUCUGAACAAUUAAUUAAUCCUAUGAAACUUGAAAAACAUAAUCGAUUUUAUCAUUUAGUAAAGCCAACUGAUAUUAAUCAUCAACGAGAAGGAAAAUUAGUAUCUGAAGUAUAUUUGACACGAUUACUUGCUACCAAAGGAAGUUUACAACAAUAUAUUGACAAUUUUUUUGAAACAAUAUUCAGACUCUCCGAUUUACCUACGGCAGUUAAAUAUUUAUUCGAUUUUCUAGAUGAUCAAGCACAAUUACGCAACAUUACAGAAACACAUAUUAUUCACACGUGGAAAAGUAACAGUUUACCUCUACGAUUUUUUGUGAAUAUAAUUAAGAAUCCCGAUUUUAUUUUUGAUGUUCAAAAAACAAAUGUUAUUGAUGCAUCAUUGUCUGUAAUUGCUCAAAUGUUUAUGGAUAGUUGUUCGGCUGGAAGUCAUGAAUUAACAAAAGAUUCACCAUCAACAAAAUUAUUAUUUAAUCGUGAUGUUCAAAAAUACAAAAAACUUGUUGAAAAAUACUAUGACAGUAUCUGUCAGUUACCAUCAGUAUCACUUGUUGAUCUAAAUACAAUCGUGAAAGAAUCAACUCAACAAUAUCAUCGACAAGAGUUCAACUCUACAUAUUUAUUAUUUAGAUUAUAUGAUGAAUUUAUCAGUAAAUAUAAAGAAAAUAUACGAACAGCAAUGGAAAAUGAUUUAUUAGCAAAACAGUAUAGACUCUCAUUAUUACUAGAACAGAUUAUAACAACAAUGGAAACGUUUGAACUUGAUGUUUAA